AUGGAAGACAAGAAGAAGAAGAAGAAGAAGAACUGUCCGGUCAUGGGACCCCGGCGUCCUGCGCUGCUGCUGGGUCUCGCCACGUUCCUGGCGGCGUGCUCCAAGGCUCUGUGCACCGUGCUGCCUCUCAACGGAGACUGGAGGUCGACAAAAUAUCUUCACGUCGUCGCAGCCCUGCCCCCCGAAAUCGCCGACGCUAUCGACGACAUUUUGGUUUCACCCCCCGCGCAAGAACAAUAUGACACCCUCAAAAAGACGGUGCUGGACCGCCUCGAGGCGCCUGAAGAAAGCAGACUGCAGCAGCUCUUGUGUCGCGAAGAGCUGGGCGACCAACGACCUUCCCAACUGCUGCACCGUAUGCGGCAACUACUCGGUGUGCACGCGCGUCAGGACGGCCAGCUCCCACUUCUUCGUGAACUUUUCCUGCAACGGCUCCCCCAGUCGGUGCGCGUGGUGCUCGCGGGUUCAAAUGAGACGUCCCUUGAUCAACUAGCGCAACUUGCCGAUCGCAUCACGGAAUACUCAACUCCAACCUUUGCGCCCAUAGCUGCUGCAAGAACACAUGAGCAACCAGAUCGACUGUCGCGCCUUGAGGAGAAACUGCAACACCUUACCGAGACCAUGCAGAAACUUGUGCUAUCUGGCGCUCCCCAACAGGACGAGCAACGACGCAACCGAUCCCCUUCAAGACAGCCAAGCUCUUCCCAGAGAAGCCAUGCACGAGAUACACAGGACGGAUCGUUAACGGCGGCUUACGACAUCGGCCCUCCACCCAGCCGCCUGUUUUUCGUAGUCGACCGUGUAAGCAACUCGCGCCUGCUAGUCGACACGGGAGCCGAAAUCUCUAUUGUCCCGGCAACCCCCGAGGAUCGCCGACGUAGCAAGAACACAUCGUCGCUGCAGGCAGUGAACAACACUGCCAUCGCUACGUACGGCUUCCGCUCGCUGACAAUAGACGUCGGACUCAGGCGCCUGUUUCGCUGGGUCUUCGUGGUGGCGGAUGUUAAUUUCGCCAUACUCGGAGCAGAUUUUCUCAGCCACUUCAACCUGGAUGUGAGCGUACGUGACCGUUGCCUCAAGGAUAACAACACAUCCCUCAAAGUACGUGGUUUGGAGUCAAACAUCUGCUCAUCUGGCAUCUGCGCCUUCCAGCCAGUAUCAGCCUACCACCACGUCCUGGCCGAAUUCCCCUCGCUCACCAAGCCCCGCAACACGGAACAGCCGGUGAAACAUAACGUGACUCACCACAUCGUCACCACCGGGCCGCCAGUCACCGCCCGGCCACGACGGCUGUCCAGCAAAAGGCUUCAAGCUGCACGCAGGGAGUUCGAGCACAUGCUGCAGCUGGGAAUUGUUCGCCAUUCGUCUAGCAACCAUUCAUCGCCGCUACACAUGGUGCCUAAGGACGACGAUUGGCGCCCGUGUGGUGAUUACAGAGCCUUGAACGCAUCGACAACGCCGGACCAGUAUCCUCUGCCACACAUUCACGAUUUCAGCGCGCGGCUGGCAGGUACGAAAAUAUACAGCAAGAUCGACCUUGUAGCGGCAUACCACCAAAUCCCCGUCGAACCGCAGGACAUACCAAAAACAGCCAUAACAACUCCGUUCGGCCUGUUUGAGUUUGUCCGCAUGCCCUACGGCUUGAAAAAUGCCGCACAGACCUUUCAAAGGUUCAUGGAUGAAGUCACCCGGGGUCUUCCUUUCAUCUUUGUCUACCUGGAUGACAUUUUGGUGGCCAGCAGAACGCCUGCGGAGCACGAAGAGCACCUCCGCCAGCUCUUUCAGCGUUUGGAUGAGCACGGUCUGGUGUUGAAACCUCAAAAGGUGGAAUCCGUCAAGAAGUUUCCAGCUCCAACAUCUUUUCGCAAGCUGAGGGAGUUCCUCGGGCUCUUAAACUUCCACCGGCGCUUCAUUCCGUCUUGUGCUCGAGUGCUCCAGCCAUUGACCGACCUGCUGCGCCGAGACGACCAAAAGGCACCAGAAUUUUGUUGGUCUGACGAACACCAGAACGCUUUCCAGAAAGCUAAGGACGAGCUAGCCGCGGCUACCCUCCUCAUUCAUCCACGGCCUGAAGCUCCUACACGCCUCAUGGUGGGCGCUUCCUCCACAUCGGUCGGAGCAGUGCUGCAGCAACAGGAGGGCGCCCAGUGGAAGCCACUGGGCUUCUUUUCGAAACGUCUGAAGCCUGCAGAAGCACGGUACAGCACUUUUGGAAGGGAGAUGCUCGCAAUCUAUUGUUCCAUUAAGCAUUUCCGCUACUUCCUCGAAGGCCGUGAGUUCUACAUCUUGACAGACCACAAGCCCCUCACCUACGUAUUCAAAAACAACAGUUCCUCCUACUCAGAACGAGAGAUCCGUCAGCUCUCAUUCAUCUCCGAGUUUUCGACAGACAUCCGCCACGUUCCCGGGGUCGAAAACGAAGCAGCUGACGCCUUGUCUCGCGUCAACGCUUCCGGCACAGAAGUCCUGGACUUCGAAGCCAUGGCCGCAGCUCAGCGGGACGACCCCGAGUUGACAAGACUGAAGGGAGGGGGAUCUUCACUCGUGUUCUCGGAGGUUGCACUUCCCUACGUGCAGAGCACGAUAACCUGCGAUACCUCCCAGGCAGCACCACGACCUUUCGUCCCACUGAACUUUCGCCGAGUGGUAUUCAACACUUUCCACUCCAUCAGCCACCCAGGUGUCCGCGCCACCCAGCGGCUGAUAACGCAACGCUUCGUUUGGCCCGGAGUCAACGCGGACGUGCGACGAUGGGCUCGGACAUGUGAAACGUGUCAGCAAGUGAAAGUGACUCGCCACAAUCGGGCUGCACUACAGGAAUUUUGGACUCCUGAGUCGCGGUUUGACCACGUUCACCUCGACCUCGUGGGACCACUACCGCCCUGCCAAGGAUUUAGGUACCUGCUCACAUGCAUCGACAGGUACAGCCGGUGGCCCGAAGCUAUACCAAUUGCGGACAUAUCAGCUGAGACCGUCGCGCAGGCCUUCAUUCAAACAUGGCUGCAGCAUACAACCGCCUACCACCCCGCCAGCAACGGAAUGGUUGAGCGCUUCCACCGGCAACUCAAAGCCGCACUGGCAGCGAAACUCGACCGCCAGCACUGGGUGGAGAAGCUCCCGCUCGUUCUUCUUGGCCUACGCUCAACGGUGAAGGAAGACCUCGGCUUCAGCGCAGCGGAAAUGGUCUACGGCUCAACAGUGCGCCUCCCGGGAGAAUUCUUCUCCGACCAGACACCUUCCGCCCCAACAGCCUCCGAUAACAUCGAGAAGCUGCGCGCAUGGCUCGCGCAACUCAGGCCAACAGCACCUCGCAUCGCCCGCAACAGGAAAGUUUUCACUUUUCCUGACAUGGACUCUGCUACCCAUGUGUUCGUGCGACACGACGCAACGAAGCCGCCCCUUACUCCGCCGUACGAUGGCCCAUUCAAAGUUUUGGGACCGUACCACUUCUCCGGUGUGGUCCCUGGCAACGUGUAUACCGACCUGAUGCGCGCCAAGCUCAUUGACGACGCCUACUACCGCGACAACGACGAGCGCUUCGCCUGGGUCGGCCAUGACAACUGGACCUACACGAGGGAUUUCCAGUUGAAAGAGGAGCACACGCAGCACCGCCGGAUCCUACUCGUUGCCCACGGUAUCGACACCGUGGCCACUGUCUACGUGAACGAUGUGGCCUUGGGAGAGACGGACAACAUGUUUGUCCGAUACGUGUUCGACAUAAAACAGCAUAUCAAGGUGGGCUACAACAACGUGAGCGUCGAGUUCACCUCGGCAGUGACGCACGCUCGCGAACGGGCGCGCCUUUACAGCAAGGGUCACCAAGUGCCGCCCGAGUGCCCGCCGCUGCGCCAGCGCGGCGAAUGCAGCGUUAACCAGGUGCGCAAGGCACAGGCUUCCUUCAGCUGGGAGAUGGCACCGGCGUUCCCCACGCAGGGCAUCUGGAAGGACAUCGGCAUCGAGAUGUACGACGGCGUGAUCAUACGCGACAUGGUAGUCAGGACUCGACGCCUUGUUUUGGUGCUGGACGAUCGCCUGACUGUGAAGAAGAACAUAUCGGUGACCGCGAACAACCAACUCGGAGCGCACUACCGAUUCCGGCUACGGAUCCCGGAGGCCACAAGCACGCUCAAGCUAUCACCUGUGUAG